AUGUCACCGUUUCGAAGACGCUCCUUGGUCGUGAAGCUUCUUCUCUUAGUCCCCCUGGUCUGGCUCGGUGCACUUAUCUAUUUUAACGUCACAGAUAAGGCAAGUUUUACGUGGUGUUCUUACGAAUUGAUGUAGUUUUUGGAAUUGUGUUUGCUUAAUUAUCUAAUAUGCCUCUGACUUGUGACGUUUCAGCCAACAGACUAUCAGGCCGAGCCUCAUGUUGCUCCAAAAGUCAGAGAACUCCAAGGGUUCGGGCCUCCAAUGGAGGUGCCCAAACCACACGAGGAAUCGGAAAAGGAGGAAGACAAUUCGAAUGACAAAAUCGUAAGCCUUCGAAAACGCAAAAAUAAUGUUUUCAGCCCGUUUUGCAAAAACCAAACAAGAAAUUAUUCGAUCAGAACUCACCGAUUUACAAAAAGGGAGAUCCCACUCAAGCCGGAGAGCUCGGAAAAGCCGUUAAGGUUAAUAAGAAUGUAAGUUGCAUUGUUUUUACAUUUUUUAUACUCAAAACUGCUUUGCCCAAGAUUUGGGCCUAAUUUUGGCUUUCCAAAACCACAGACGAUAAAAACGGCUAUAAAAUUAAUGGGUUUCGGGCCGUAAUACACACCAGUUUGGAUGGUAUUUUGAAAUUAAGAAGCGUUGGUUUUGACGUUGCAAUCCACGUUUUUUCAUACAAAAUCGGUUUCAGGAACUAACAGUGGAUGAACGAAAGCAAUACGAUGAAGGAUAUAAGAACAACGCUUUCAAUCAGUAUGCCUCAGACAUGAUCUCCAUCCACAGAUCCCUCCCUCCAGCUGCCGAUCAAGAAUGCACCACCGAAGUUUACGCUUCCGGACUUCCAGAUACCUCAGUUAUCAUCUGUUUCCACAACGAGGCCUGGUCGGUUCUUCUUCGGACAGUUCACAGUGUACUCGAGAGAACUCCAUCUCAAUAUCUGAACGAGAUUAUCUUGGUUGAUGACUUUUCUGAUAUGGAACACACCAAGAAACCGUUGGAAGAAUAUAUGGCCCAAUUUCCAAAGGUUAAAGUUCUGCGGUUGGAUAAAAGGGAAGGUCUGAUCCGAGCUCGACUUCGAGGUGCUGCUGUAGCCAAAGGAAAGGUCCUUACUUACCUCGAUUCUCAUUGUGAAUGUAUGGAGGGCUGGCUGGAACCUCUCCUCGACAGAAUUCAUAAGAACUCAUCGACUGUUGUGUGUCCUGUUAUCGAUGUAAUCGACGAUGACACCUUUGAAUAUCAUUAUUCCAAGGCAUUCUUUACAAACGUCGGAGGAUUCGACUGGUCCCUUCAAUUUAAUUGGCAUCCAAUCCCUGAAAGAGAUCGUCGCGACAGGAAACGGGCAAUAGAUCCCGUGAGGUAGGUUAGAAAAUGAUUAAUCUAUUGUGCCGUUUAGAUCACCAACAAUGGCCGGGGGUCUUUUUGCCAUCGACCGUGCGUACUUUGAGAAACUUGGAACAUACGAUCCGGGUUUUGAUAUCUGGGGUGGUGAGAAUCUGGAGUUAUCGUUUAAGGUAAGGUAAAUCAUAUAUUUUUUUAAUAGAGGGAUCGCAUAUAUGUUUUUAUUGUAGAUCUGGAUGUGCGGAGGCCGAUUGGAGAUCGUUCCAUGUAGUCAUGUCGGUCACAUAUUCAGAAAAAGGUCUCCCUACAAAUGGAGAACGGGCGUCAACGUUCUCAAAAGGAAUUCGAUCCGAUUGGCUGAGGUUUGGUUAGAUGAUUAUAAGAAAUAUUACUACGAAAGGAUAAACAAUAAUCUGGUUGGUCCCGUUGUGCAGUAUUUGACUCUUGGUUUAGGGCGACUUUGGAGAUAUCAGCCAACGGAAGUCUCUCAGAGAUCGUUUGGAAUGCAAAUCCUUCAAAUGGUAUCUGGAUAACAUUUUCCCUGAACUGUUCGUUCCUGGCGAUGCCGUAGGAAGAGGAGAGGUAAGUGCUUUCAGCGUGCUUUGGGGUGUACUUUGUUUUAAUUUCUCUCUUCUUCUUUGUCUGUCAUCGUAUUUUCCAUGUUUUCUACGUUUCCUUCUCGUACUGUGCUUGUAUUAUCUGUGACUAACGCACCUUUCCCUUUGUUUUCUUGUUUUGUGCAAAUGAAGCCUGGUUCGGUCCCUGAGGUCGGCUUUCUGAUGAGUUACCGCAAUUUAAGGGGCUUUUCUGUCCAUUCACGCACAUAGGAUGAAUACUUUUGUGAAGAACAAUAUCCCUACUGCUGAUCCGGAGCUUUCACUUCCCACUAGAGGCCUUCGUUUUCUUGAUUGGGGCAAAAGAAGGGGGAAUUUUAAGCUAUAAUUAAAGCAGCGGGGUAAUUGUGAUACUUUAGGUUCGUAAUGGGGCUGACCUGAAACCGAGCCGGUGCUUAGAUAGUGCAGUCGCACGGCGUGCCAAGAAUAAGCCAGUCUCUUUGUUCAAUUGUCACAACCAAGGAGGCAAUCAGGCGAGUUUUUCACUUGUUCUCACUUUCAGAUCCGCAACAGCGGCGAGACGGGCAAUGCCAAGUGUGUGGACAGUGCGGCCGAUGAGGAACAUUCGGGCAAACCAGUCGUGCCCUACACUUGCCAUAGCCAAGGGGGCAAUCAGGUACCCAUAGCGGGAAGACCAACCCCAUACUUAAUAUUCUCCACCGUUCGGAUGCACUUUUUGCGUGUUUUAUUAACAUUUUCGCCCUGUUGGUUGGGUUACUUCAAAGCUACUUAGUUUUACAUUUAAUGGAGUUAUUUUCUUAUGUAACCUGUUAGUACCGUGUCUUGAUGGCUGUGAAUCUCCAAAAGAUGUCUUGUACAAUUUAUGCCUUCCAAAUUCCUUGUGGUGUCUUUUCCAAUCGUAUUUCUGUCUUGUUUUGUCUUCAACUGGGGGUCUAAGGAUAGUAUAACGGUUAAUCCAUGCUCAUAUAGGUACGGAACAAGGGCGGUGGAUCCAAACAAUGUUUAGAUUGGGCGGCCCAUGGUAAUAAAAAGAAAAAUGUCGGCCUAUAUUGGUGUCAUAGUCAGGGCGGAAAUCAGGUAAACCACAAGAAAGGUGCAUUCGACGGAAAAAUUACGGUUAUUUAUGUGCUAAUCUCCUUGUUUUUAGUAUUGGUUAUACAGCAAAGACGGAGAAAUUCGAAGAGAUGAGAGCUGUAUUGAUUAUGCCGGCAAAGAUGUGAUCAUCUUCCCAUGCCAUGGAAUGAAAGGAAACCAGGAAUGGAAAUACAAUCAUAAGGUAACGUAACAAUCCUUGGAAUAUAAAGUUCUUAGUUGCAUCAACUUCUCCAUGUUGUAAGUGGCAAAUGUCUGGAGAUGUCAAGAGAUGGCGCUCAACUCUUGAUGAAGGCCUGCGACACCAGCAACCAGUACCAGCACUGGACCUUCCAGGAGUAUGACGAAGACCGGGCCCGCCAAUAUGGUCUCAUCUAA